AUGGGCCUGGAGGAAGUGGGAAAGACUACCGUAAUUGACUUAGUCCUGGCAUAUGGCAAAGAAUUCUGCAUUUUGAUUGAUCAUCCAUUUAACUACCGAACCAUUGUUGUAACUGCUAUGCCGGGGGUUGCUGCUACAAUACUGCAUGGGGAAACAACGCAUCCAGCUGUGGGAUUGAACAGAUCUCGGGAAAGUGUGGCGAAGAACUUUGUAGAAGAAUGGAGUGACUCACUGAUGCUUAUCAUCGACGAUAUUUCAUUCGCGGGGGAAUUUGACUUAGUGAAGAUAUUGCACUACACCAAGACCUUGAUGCAAGACGAAUACCAACCAUUUGGGGGGCUUAACUUGGUGUUCGCGGGGGAAUACUCUCAACUUGAACCAGUGGGACGCCCCCCAUUUUACAAUCUUCAGCACACCAUUCCUGAAAUUCAUGACUCUCUGAAUUCAUUUAUUGAGUUAGAUGGAAUGCACCGCUUCCAAGACGAUCCUGAAUGGGGGCAACGCUGUUUAAGAUUCCGUGAAGGGCGACCAACAGAGAAAGAUAUUGAGACCAUCAAUGACGACUGCGUGGUUGGCACAACCCAUGUUACACCAGAAAACAUUCAAGUUGCUACUUAUCUGAAUCGAGAUCGAGAUGCCAUUAACUCAGCUAUCUUCGAAGAAAUUUGCGGGAAGAACAAACCUGCUGAUGAUUCCGUGCUGAUGGAUGCAGUACUCAUUUUCAUGGACGAUCUUCAAAUGGCCAAUCAAGCAGGGACACUGGUUCCUGUUAGGAGCAAUUCGGUUUUAAAGCACUUCUUUUCAACAAGUGGAGAAGACUCGUUAAAACGCGGUUCGGACUCACGAAAACGUGUUGAUCCUGCUUUGAAGUUAUAUAAGGGGUGUCCUGUAGUGUUUACAGAGAACACGAUUGUUCCGAAUGGAGAAGCCAAUGGAUCUCGGCUUUUUGUGAGAAAGGUGAAUGUUAGGGAUGGUUGCACCCCCAUGAUUAUUCAACUCGACAACGGCUGCAAGAUUCGGGCCUUUUUCUCAGGUCAAGUCAAAUCUAUCCUUGUGGAACAUGAAAUGGAGACUAUUAUGCCACGUACUUUUUAUGUAACGGAGCAAGACUACACUUUCAGCACCAGA